UGUCAAUCGAUCUGGUUGUUAGUGUUAAAAUCAUAAUUCGUACAAUAUGAAUAUUGUUCGAAAUUUUAUGUCCUACCGUCUCGCUGUUGGUUAUUAUGCGCGCAAUGCUCUGGGCAAUCAAAUAUUAAAAAGAGGUAGUCAUGUUGUGUCGUACCGAAGUGCUCCUCCGGAGCAUUCAAAGGCAACUAAAAUCGGAGCUGUAGUCGUUGGUGGAGCAAUGUGGUGGUGGGUAAUAUGGCACUUAUGGCAUGAACCCGAUCACAUAACGGGAGAAUUCGACUACCCUAACCCAUCAAAAUGGACAAAUUCAGAUUUGGGUAUUCCAAGAGAUGAUGCAUAAUGACUCGCUAUGAUCCAACAAAUCUCGUAUUAAAAGUAGCUAAUUAAUAAAUGCUGAAAAAAAUUAAAUAAAAA